AACUGGACUGUGACCCAGUGCCCGAACUGGACUGUGACCCAGUGACCCACCUGGACUGGGACUAACUGGACUGUGACCAACUGGACUGUGACCCAACUGGACUGUGACCCAGAUCUGUUUUUCUAUAUUUAUAUUUUUUGAAUCAUGUAUUAUUUUUUGGACAAGGUUCACUGUUGUUGAAAGAGUGAAUUAGGGGACAGGCCUCGCCCUUUGAAUGGUGACGUCACAGAGAGACCCUCCUUAAAGUUGCGACGGGUCGCAGUCACAGCUGUCUGAGCCGCUGGCGCCAAAGAGAGAGAGAGAGAGAGAGAGAGAGAGAGAGAGAGAGAGAGAGAGCGCAUCACAGUGAGUGUGAAUGAAUUCUGUUCACUCAAAGAUUUGGAUCAGAGUUAAAGAAGAAGUCGCUGUUGCUGUUGUUGCUGUUGCUGCUGUUGCUGCUGCUGCUGCUGCUGCUGCUCAGGACUUGUUGAGCCGGGAUCACACUCCGCUCGUUCACACACACGCGCACUGAAGAAGGAGUGAGAAGGAGAAAACCAGUUAAAAAGGAGGAGCGGUGUCGGUGUCGGUGUCGGUGUGGUCCAUUAUCUGGAGCCGUCUGUCCCACCUGUGUGGGAGGGCGGGGGGUGUUGUAAUGCUUGGUGAGCAGCAUCAGCGGCCGGACCAGAACCAGAACCAGGACUUGUGGAUUUAACUUCAGACUCCGACACAAAGGCGCGUUUACGCGCACGCACACGCGGACUUUGGACACUUCCCCCCCACAUGAACACAUAACCCUCUGCUGCAGACCAGCAGUAACAGCGCAGAUGGACGUGAGCGCGGACCAGCCCCGGUGGAUGAGCCACCAUCACCCCGCGGUGCUGAAUGAGCAGCACGCCGCUUCCCACCACCCGGGCCUCGGUCACUCCUACAUGGAGCCUCCAGCUCAGUACCCUCUGACGGAGGACGUGGACGUUCUGUUCAACAUCGACGCGCAGGGAAACCACGUCUCUUCCUACUACAGCAACUCGGUCCGGGCGGUGCAGCGGUACCCGCCGCCCCCACACGGCGGACAGGUGUGUCGCCCCUCGCUGCUGCACGGAUCCCUGCCCUGGCUGGAGGGCAGUAAAGGCAUCUCUCCUCACCACAGCGCCUCUCCCUGGAACCUGAGUCCGUUCCCCAAGAACCCGCUACACCCGCACGGCUCUGCGGCGGGACUGUCCGUGUACCCUCCGGCCUCCUCCGCCUCCUCCAGCUCGUCCCUGUCCGCCGGUCACUCAAGUCCUCACCUCUUCACCUUCCCCCCCACCCCGCCCAAGGACGUUUCCCCGGACCCGGGCCUCUCUACGCCAGGCGCAGGUUCCAGCGGCGCCGGUCCCGGCUCCGGGCGUCAGGAGGACAAAGAGUGCAUCAAGUACCAGGUGACCCUGGCAGAGAGCAUGAAGCUGGAGUCGCACAGCAGGAGCGUGGCGGCCUCGGCCGCAGCGCAUCACCCCAUCGCCACUUACCCACCCUAUGUCCCCGAAUAUGGGCCAGGCCUCUUCCCACCAAGUAGCCUGAUAGGUGGGUCACCUUCUAGUUAUGGUACCAAAACGAGACCAAAAACAAGGUCCUGCUCAGAGGGCCGCGAGUGCGUGAACUGCGGGGCCACGUCCACCCCCCUGUGGCGGCGGGACGGUACGGGUCAUUAUCUGUGUAACGCCUGCGGCCUCUAUCACAAGAUGAACGGACAGAACCGUCCACUCAUUAAACCCAAGAGGCGGCUGUCUGCGGCACGGCGAGCGGGAACAUCAUGUGCAAACUGUCAAACGACAACGACGACACUGUGGCGGAGAAACGCUAACGGUGACCCGGUGUGCAACGCCUGUGGACUGUACUUCAAACUACACAAUAUCAACCGACCUUUGACGAUGAAGAAGGAAGGAAUCCAGACCAGAAACAGGAAGAUGUCCAGCAAGUCCAAAAAGAGCAAAAAGUCGCACGACACCAUGGACGACUUCUCCAAGAGUCUGAUGGACAAGAGCACCUCCUUCAGCCCGACGGCGCUGUCCCGCCACAUGUCCUCAUUUCCACCCUUUUCCCACUCAGGUCACAUGUUGACCACACCCACACCCAUGCACCCUUCCUCCAGCAUCCCCUUUGCACCGCACCACCCCUCUAGUAUGGUCACCGCCAUGGGUUAAAGGUGGAACCUCCACACCCCCGCUGACAGACUGCUUCACCCAUAUGAACUGUGAGGAGCACAGGUUGGAGGAGUACCACCACCUCCUUCUCACCCUCCUCCUCCUCACCACCACCACAGAGGUUACUCUCUGUAUCUGUACAAAAAGCCAUUUUAUUCACCAAAAGAACUCACAUUCUUACCUCCACCAAACCCCGCCUCCUUUCACCUGUGGAUCAGGAAGCCCCGCCCCCUCCUCCAUUUUCUCCUAAGGAAACGCAGAUUCUGAAAAUGUUUGUACAAAUUGUGAGACACACUGUACAUUUACCACAAAGACUUUAAGAAUGGGACGAGAAAAAGAAAGACAGAGGUACGAGAGACACCGUGGAAGAAGAGGAGGAGGUGAGGAGGAGAGAGAAAAGAGAAACAAGACUGGUCUGGACUGGACUAAACUGGACUGAUCUAGUCUGGACU